AUGAAAAGGUACAGCAUUACAGCGGCCGUGAGUGCGACUCCCAGGAGACCGACUUCCACACAGUGUGCGAUUGUGCCGUGCUGGCUCCUGUCUCUGGACCGGCCCCGUCCACGGCCUCCGCACCGGCAGCAGAACAACAAACAAGCGGCCUGUUUCAUGGUGAGUGGAAGGAGAAAUCGGAGCACACGGAGGAAACUGGAGGACAUGGAGGAUACAGGAGCACACGGAGGGAACCGUAGCACACGGAGGAAAUCAGAGCACAUGGAGAAAACCGGAGCACACGAAGGACACUGGAGCAUACGGAGGAAACCGGAGUACAUGGAGGAAACCAGAGCACAUGGAGGAAACCGGAGCACACGGAGGAAACCGGAGCACACGGAGGACACUGGAGCACACAGAGGAAACUGGAGCACACAGAGGAAACCGGAGCACACGGAGGAAACCAGAGCACAUGGAGAAAACCGGAGCACAUGGAGAAAACCGGAGCACACGGAGAAAACCGGAGCACACGGAGGACACUGGAGAACACAGAGGAAACUGGAGCACACAGAGGAAACUGGAGCACACGGAGGAAACCAGAGCACAUGGAGAAAACCGGAGCACACGGAGGACACUGGAGCACACGGAGGAAACCGGAGCACACGGAGGAAACCAGAGCACAUGGAGAAAACCGGAGCACACGGAGGACACUGGAGCACACGGAGGAAACUGGAGCACACAGAGGAAACCGGAGCACACGGAGGAAACCAGAGCACAUGGAGAAAACCGGAGCACACACGGAGGAAAAUGGAGCACACGGAGGAAACCAGAGCACAUGGAGAAAACCGGAGCACACGGAGGAAACCGGAGCACACCUAG